UAAGCGAAGUUGUUGAAAUUUAUGCUCAAAAUUCUCAUAUGUUAUAAUAAUCUAUCUAAAUAUCAGGGUAGAAGAACACUUUGCUCAUUUGCUAGAUCCUUGCAGGCGAAUGGGAAGCAGGGGAAAAUACAGUUGCGAGAGCGCAAGUGAGACCCUAGAAUGGAUUAACGCAAUUCUCCAAUUCAUCAAACCUUACAAUUCCAUCAUCAACGCUCACGUCGUCAAUUUCUUCAAAGACAGAUUAUGGGAAUCCCUUGAUCAACAGUGGUUCCAAUGCCUCCGUCAUGAACCUAUUCAAAAUCUUCUACUUAUUCCUUCUGGUGUGGUUCAGGACUACUGGCCUGAUUCUCUUAAACAAUUUGUUACGACUUUGAGGUCUCUUGUGUUUUCUCGAGAGCAAGUGGACCUGGAUAAGGUGUUUCCUGGACUGAAGAUCACAGUGCUUAAUAGUGUUCUUGCACAAGGCAUGAAUGUGAAGAAAAAACAUGAGGUAGAAGUUCUUUCUGCUGUUGUUAGUUUUAUUACAAAAGGUGUGAGAGUUCAAACAAUUGUUGAUGUAGGUGCUGGUCAGGGUUAUCUUGCACAAGUUCUUUCUUUCCAGUACCAUCAUUCCGUAGUUGCUAUUGAUGCUUCUUCUCAUCAUGGAGAGGUAACAGAGACACGUGCAGAACGGAUAAAGAAACAUUAUGCGGCGCAGAUGCGUAAAUUUAAUUCAGGAAACAGGGUUCUGAAUGUGCCUAAGACAAUUACAUGCCGCAUUAUGUCCAUUGACAUGUUGAAAGCCUUGACUAACAUGUCACUACUUGACGAUGUCAAGCAGCCAAGACUGAUUGGGCAAGUUGCAGACAAUAAAACUUCGUUGUUACUUGCUGGAUUACAUGCUUGUGGAGAUCUUUCAGUAACAAUGCUGAAGACCUUUUUGGAGUGCGAAGACGUCAAAGCAGUUGUUAGCAUUGGGUGCUGCUACAACUUGUUAUCAGAAGAAUGUUUUGAUGCUGCUGGUUCUCAUUGUGGUUUUCCAAUGAGUACUGGUGUUAAAUCUGCAGGCAUAUCACUAGGGAAGAAUUCACGCGAUCUUGCUUGUCAGAGUGCAGAGAGAUGGACUUGUCUUGACAAAGAUGUUGGUCUUCAAAAUUUUGAGUUGCAUACUUUUCGUGCUGCUUUUCAGAUGGUUCUUUGUAAAUAUUAUCCUGAAAUCAUAAAAACAAGUCCUUCAAUUGGGCGUCAAGGGAAGGCUUUGCGUCGUCAACAGCAAAGAAGGGCCUUGCAUUCUGCACUGCAUAAUAUAGAAAACAAACAUUCAACACUGCCACAGAGCACUUCUAAAAUGAAAGAAACCUGCCUCUCUCUACAGCCUACAGAACCUAAAACUGAUGAAAGUUCAACCUUGGAGUUGGGUGUAGAUACCUUGUCUUGCGAUGGGUUUAUGAGAUGUGAGGAAAAUGCUUCUGUUGACAAAUAUUUACUAUUUGAGAAAUUUUGUCAGUCUGGACUUUCUCGCCUGGGUCUCCAACCUUUGGAAGGGAUGUAUCUUUAUGAAAUAUGGAAGGAAGCUGAACCUUUUGCUGAGCUUAUAGGAUCCUAUUGGUCUCUUCGAGCUGCUUUUGGGCCCCUUCUUGAGACUCUUCUUCUGCUUGAUAGAUUAUUGUUCCUUCAGGAGCAAGGGAGUUCAGUGGAAGCAAUCAUGUUACCCAUCUUUGAUCCUGCAUUAUCACCUAGGAAUGUUGCAAUAAUUGCUAAAAGAACUUGAUUUAAAUGUAGCAACAAACAUGGGGAAUGGUGGUAAUCACAAAACUAACGCUCUUCCCCAUGUAUAUCUUCAUGUUACGGAUUGAAACAUCCAAUACAAAUUUCUUAUUUAUAUAUGUGACAUUGGUCUCUGCAA